AUGCGCAGGCGGCUCAAGUUCCCAAAGCGAGUCUCGAUUGGCACGAGAUUCCGCAGCUGCGGAAGCAAAAAAGUGAGUUGCCGCGGGGCUUACACAUUAUUUAAGAUUGCUAGGAUUUUCGCGAAGUGAUCAUUAAACGGAAGGGCGGUGGCUAUCCAUAUGGUCCAAAAAAACUCAGCUCUACAACGACGCAUGUGUGCCGCCCCAACUACACUGCGACAUUCACUAUCAUAACAUUUGGCAGCCAAAACCUCAAGGUUUCUUCUUCGUCUUCAUCUUUUCGUUUUCAAACUUAUUGGUGUCUUCAAACUCGCCUUUUUCUCAAUAAAGUAUAAGAAGAAAUAUCCGAUUUUGCAAAGAAUAAAACGUUAACCAUCGAGUUUUUAUUUAACCGUGCCCAAAUUUUUUUUCCUAAAAGCUGAAACCGCACAAUAGAAUUUUUUUAAUUUGACUUCGGUUACCAAAGCCGAGGAGUAAUUUUUUCACUUUUUUUCCUCCAAGAAUUAGUUAAUCUUGACGGAAGAGUUUGGCUCUCUAGCUUGGAACUGCACUAUUUCAUAAACAUAUGACCCUCGGAAAAAAAUUCGAAAUGUUUUUCGCAAUUUCCAACUUAUAAGAGAUUCUCAGGUGUGCAUUUUUUUUUUCCUUUUUUGAGCAGUUUCUGAAGUACGAAGUUGAAAAGAGCUCGAUUCUUAACAUUUUCUUUUUAUUCAGGUUAAAAGUUUUGAAAUGAUAAAUGGAAGAGGCCAGUCAAUAAAAAAUAUUUGAGACUUGAAAAAAAGCACUUAUCUUUCCCACCUCAAAAACACAACAAUAAUUUUCCUCAUUCGAGCAGUCGAUUAUCAAAAAGAAUAUAUCAUUUGCUGAAAACUCCAAAAAAGAUAGUGACACUUGUGAACAGUAUUCAUGAGUUACUCAGACUCCCGUCAGAGGAGAGCAACGACGACAAGUGUGGUGUACGUACUGCGUCGCGUACUGGAAAAGACGAGCUUCAACACACGCUCUCAAGCACAGCUGCUGCCUGUGA